AUGGCACCGACACCAUCUGCUGUCAACUUAACUUUGGGCCCCUGCCCUGACAACCCCCCAGAUCUCGUAGGUCCACUCCUCAUUGAGUUUGAUUUCAGAAGGACUUGGGAAUAUGUGAGAAAGGAAGUCAGUCCUUUGCUUCAAAAAGGAGGAAGGUUCAAGCCAAAAGACUGUGUUGCAAAGCAGAAGGUGGCAAUCAUCAUCCCAUUCCGGAAUCGACAUGAGCAUUUGAAGCACUGGCUUUAUUACUUGCAUCCUAUACUGAAGCGACAGCUUGUGGACUACGGAGUCUAUGUCAUCAACCAGGAUGGAGAGGGAGUCUUCAAUCGGGCUAAACUGAUGAAUGCAGGAUAUGUUGAAGCGCUCAAGGAAUAUGAUUAUGACUGCUUUCUCUUCUCUGACGUAGACCUGGUUCCCCUAGAUGACCGUAACCUCUACAGAUGUUUUGACAAUCCACGACACUUGGCUAUAGGCAUGGACAAAUUUAAAUUCAACUUACCCUAUAAGACCUUCUUUGGUGGGGUCGCUUCAUUGUACAAAGAUCAGUAUUUGAAAAUUAAUGGGUUCCCAAACACUUACUGGGGUUGGGGUGGUGAGGACGAUGAUAUCUACAAACGAAUAGUCUUACGUGGAAUGCAGGUUUCUCGACCUGACUUACUGACGGGCAGGUACAGGAUGAUCAGACAUCAAAGAGACGCGCACAAUGACCCAAAUCCAAAGAAUCCUGAUAAACUGUUUCAAACACGUUGGACUAUGAAUGCGGAUGGCAUCAAUUCCCUCAAAUACACAGUAAAGAACAUUGAGAAGGAUAUCUUGUACACUUUUAUCACUGUAGAUAUCGGCUCUCCUGAAUGAUCCACCUGAAUGCAAUUUAACUCUCUUGGGCGGCCAGUGAUUCAUUGGUGUUUUGAUCUCAGAACUGAACGAGUGACAACUCUGUUAUUGGUCGCUCUUAAAAUCUCUGUGAA